GUAAGAUCGGAGGUGGUAGUAAGACUGUGUUAACAGCCACACAUGAUCCUCUAUUUCUUUUUCUUCCCACUCAAUUUAUUUCUCAAUAAGAAGAGAUCGGAGAAGAAUUAAAAGACGAUCGAUAAUAGAGGUAGAGAUCGAUUACAACAAUGGAUGAAGAGUACGAUGUGAUUGUUCUUGGGACUGGUCUCAAGGAGUGUAUCCUUAGUGGUCUCCUCUCUGUCGAUGGCCUCAAGGUACUGCAUAUGGAUAGAAACGACUACUAUGGAGGAGAAUCAACCUCUCUUAACCUCACCCAGCUAUGGAAGCGUUUCAGGGGAAGUGACACUCCUCAAGAAAAUCUUGGAGCUAGCAGAGAAUACAAUGUCGAUAUGAUCCCAAAGGUCCAUAUAUAUAAAUGCAUCUUUAUACGUGAAUGUAUAUAAAUGUGAAUAGAUUAAUGGUGAAUAUGGUUUCUUGAUCUGCAGUUCAUAAUGGCCAAUGGACUCCUUGUUCAAACCCUAAUCCACACAGAUGUCACCAAGUAUCUUAACUUCAAAGCCGUCGAUGGUAGCUUCGUGUACAAGAAGGGCAAGAUCUAUAAAGUCCCGGCCACUGAUGUGGAAGCCCUGAAAUCACCAUUGAUGGGUCUGUUCGAGAAGCGACGUGCCAGAAAGUUCUUCAUCUAUGUGCAAGAUUACGAUGAGAAGGAUCCUAAGUCUCAUGAAGGACUUGACCUUAGCAAAGUCACUGCUAGAGAGAUCAUCUCGAAGUAUGGACUUGAAGAUGAUACGAUCGACUUCAUAGGGCAUGCCUUAGCGCUUCACAAUGACGAUGACUACUUGGAUCAACCCGCCAUUGAUUUUGUCAAGAGAAUUAAGCUCUACGCGGAAUCUUUGGCUCGAUUCCAAGGAGGAUCUCCUUACAUAUACCCAUUGUACGGUCUUGGAGAGUUGCCACAGGCUUUUGCGCGUUUGAGCGCUGUGUACGGUGGGACUUACAUGCUCAACAAGCCUGAAUGCAAGGUUGAGUUUGAUAGCUCCGGAAAAGCUACUGGUGUCACUUCUGCUGGAGAAACUGCUAAAUGCAAGAAAGUUGUCUGUGAUCCUUCUUACUUGUCUGACAAGGUUAAGAAAGUUGGGAAAGUGACUCGAGCGGUAUGUAUAAUGAGCCAUCCUAUUCCAGACACCAAUGAUGCUCAUUCGGUCCAGAUCAUUCUUCCUCAGAAGCAACUCGGUCGCAAAUCAGACAUGUACCUGUUCUGUUGCUCAUACGCUCACAAUGUGGCACCAAAGGGCAAAUACAUAGCUUUUGUCUCUGCAGAAGCUGAAACUGACAAUCCAGAGGAAGAGCUUAAACCUGGAAUCGAAUUGCUUGGACCUAUUGACGAGAUCUUCUAUCAUUCUUAUGACACAUACGUUCCGACCAAUAAUCAAGAAGAAGAUAACUGCUUCAUCUCUGCUACUUAUGAUGCAACAACACAUUUCGAGAGUACAGUUUUUGAUGUGCUUGAGAUGUACACCAAGAUCACUGGAAAGACUCUUGAUCUGUCUGUGGACUUAAGUGCUGCAAGUGCUGCUGCGGAAACUUGAUAACUUUUCGUUUCUUAAAUUGCAAGUGACUGUUUCUUAUUUUUUAUUGGAUAUUUACAAUACAGUUCAAACUUCAAAGUAACAGAAGUUUACCUUUUUGUUCAUCUUACUUAUAACACUGGUUGGUUUUGCUAUAAUUUGUGCUAUUUAAGUAUUUACACAGUAUUACGAGCCUUAAAUUUAUCGUUUUCCGAGUGUUUUGGCGAAUUCAAAAGUUUAGAUA